AUCUCUGACCUUCCCAAGCUAGUCGAAGGUUUGAAGCGUCUAGCAAAGUCCGAUCCUAUGGUUCUCUGUACAAUGGAAGAAUCUGGUGAGCAUAUCAUUGCUGGAGCUGGUGAGCUUCAUCUUGAGAUUUGCCUGAAGGAUCUGCAGGAGGACUUCAUGUGUGGUGCUGAAAUUAUUGUUUCCCCACCCGUCGUCUCCUUCCGUGAAACGGUUCUUGAGAAGUCCUGUCGUACUGUCAUGAGCAAGUCUCCCAACAAGCACAACCGUCUGUACAUGGAAGCGCGCCCCUUGGAGAAGGGUCUCGCUGAGGCCAUCGAUGACGGCCGUAUUGGCCCACGUGAUGAUCCGAAGGUGCGCUCCCAGAUCCUUUCUCAGGAGUUUGGGUGGGACAAGGACCUGGCCAAGAAGAUUUGGUGUUUUGGACCUGAGACCACUGGCCCGAACAUGGUUGUCGAUAUGUGUAAGGGAGUACAGUAUCUCAAUGAAAUCAAGGAUUCUGUUGUGGCCGGUUUCCAGUGGGCAUCGAAGGAGGGUGCACUGGCUAAGGAGAACAUGCGUGGAAUUUGCUUUGAGGUAUGUGAUGUCGUUCUUCAUGCUGAUGCUAUCCACAGGGGUGAUGGACAGGUCAUUCCCACUGCCAGGAGGGUCAUCUAUGCUUCUCAGCUCACGGCCAAGCCAAGGCUGCUGGAGCCAGUGUACCUGGUGGAGAUCCAGGCCCCAGAAAAUGCACUCGGUGGUAUCUACGGUGUUCUGAACCAGAAGAGAGGUCAUGUCUUUGAGGAGAUGCAGAGGCCGGGCACCCCGCUCUACAACAUCAAGGCUUACCUCCCUGUCAUCGAGUCCUUUGGGUUCUCCAGCCAGCUGAGGGCUGCAACCUCUGGUCAGGCGUUCCCCUAGGCUGUCUUUGACCAUUGGGACAUGAUGGGCUAUGAUCCUUUGGAGGCUGGCUCCCAGGCUGCUCAGCUGGUGCUAGAUAUCUGCAAGAGGAAGGGUCUCAAGUAACAAAUGAUCCCACUUUCUGAGUUUGAGGACAAGCUCUAAAUUUGUGGUUGUUGGAGACACUGUUACAGCUGCCGGUUCAAUCGUCAAUUGGUUUUACUGUAAAUGCAGUGUGUGCUGCUGUGCUGACAGUCUGAUGCUCUAUUUUAAUAUCUGUUAAGCUAUCUCCAGCAUCUUACUCAUCCCACCCGUCCAUCCCACCCCAUAUCUUAAACUUCAUGCUGUAAACAAUAUAAUCUACAGUGAUUUGCAUGGACAUAUGAUGGUAGCAGAUGAGACAGAGUUGGUAUGUGUGGUCUUGUAAGUGGUUGUAUAUUUAUUCCCAGUGUGUUGCUCACUUCUGAUGCUC